GCGGGGGAAUGGGAAAUGAAAGAAAAGAGAUCUGAGAAACUAAAUCUGCAGGGGAAAGCAGUUAGCAGAGUUUUAGUGAAACAGCUCGCAGAUGCAAGCCCGGAAGCAGAGGGAGGGAGCAAGGCUGGGCUUAAGAACCUGCUGCUGGGAUUUAGACAAAGGCGUUUUGAGAGAGGCAGAGAACCAGGCGGGAUCAGUUGCUAAUGUCAGCAUGGGGACGGAGCCUGCAGCUGGACUCCCGGCAUGAAACUGAAUACAUUCCCAGCGUCUCCUUCAGGGUAGAAAUGGCUGGAGCAUGUACCAAAAUAAGAACUCAGAGGAAAAAGUAAGUUUGGGAAAAGACUUACAGAUUUCCACCGUCUUUGAAAUCUUGCUCUUCUGUGAGGCAUGUCUUCAUCGAUGCGUUACCUUUUUAUAGUUUCUGUCUCUUGUGUCAUAAUUUUUAUCGUGUUCUAUGUGUUCAUAUUUGGGGGAGAGCAAGGCUUCCAGAGGCUGAAUAAUUCGGACACUCUGAUGCUGACUCAAGUUUGCGCAUCCUUUAUCAAAGGCAAAACACCUUUCCUGUGGCGAGACAAACUGAUGAUCUAUCAGAAGCCUUCUUGCAGAGAAUAUCUGACCCAGAGCCACUACAUCACGGCCCCAUUAUCCAAAGGAGAGGCUGGGUUCCCUUUGGCAUACAUAAUGGUCAUCCAUCACAAUUUUGAUACCUUUGUAAGGCUCUUCAGAGCUAUUUACAUGCCCCAAAAUGUCUACUGCGUCCAUGUGGACGAAAAGGCAACAGCUGAAUUUAAAGAUGCGGUGGAGCGAUUGCUGAGCUGCUUCCCGAAUGCCUUUCUGGCUUCCAAGAUGGAGCCGGUUGUCUAUGGUGGGAUCUCCAGGCUCCAGGCGGACCUGAACUGCAUCAAAGACCUGGUGGCCUCCGAGGUCCCGUGGAAGUACGCCAUCAACACCUGUGGGCAAGACUUCCCCCUGAAAACCAACAAGGAAAUAGUUCAGUAUCUGAAAGGAUUUAAAGGGAAAAACAUUACCCCGGGGGUGCUGCCUCCGGCUCAUGCUAUUGGACGGACUAAAUAUGUCCACCGAGAGCAUCUGGGCAAAGAGCUUUCCUAUGUGAUAAGAACCGCAGCUCUGAAGCCGCCCCCUCCCCAUAACCUCACCAUUUACUUCGGCUCUGCCUAUGUUGCUCUGUCAAGAGAAUUUUCCAACUUUGUUCUCCGUGACCCACGGGCUGUUGAUCUGCUCCAGUGGUCCAAGGACACUUUCAGUCCUGAUGAGCAUUUCUGGGUGACGCUCAAUAGGAUUCCAGGUAUGUGA